AUGAUUUCUAUAAUAGCUGGUGGUCUAACUCUAUUGGCUCUUUACUUGUUAGUCGAUAACAUAAAAUCUUUCCUAUUGAAACGGAAGUUUAACUGUAGAAAUGCAUAUUAUGUUAAUGAUGGUUGGUUCGGUUUCAAGACAUUUUUACUGCUUUUACAAAACGAUCGAAAUGGUACUUCUAGUGAAAACCAAAUCAACAAUUUCGAAACCGUCCAAAAAGAUACUUUUCAAAUUCGAAUGCUUGGUUCCAAAAAAAUUGUUACUAGAGAUCCAGAGAAUAUAAAGGCAAUGCUUUCAACUCAAUUUGAUCACUUUGGUAUAGGUCAUAGAUAUGGACAACUCAAACCACUUUUAGGAGAAGGCAUCUUUACAGUGUCGGGAGAAAAAUGGAAACACUCAAGAGCUAUGCUUAGACCUCAAUUUACAAGAGAACAGAUUAGUCAUGUGCAAAUGUUGGAGCCUCAUAUCCAAAAUUUGAAGAAGCACAUUAUGCAAAACAGUGGAAAUCCUUUUGAUAUACAAGAAUUACUUUUGAAAUUUACAAUUGAUACUUCGUCUGAUUUUUUAUAUGGUGAAAGUUGUAAUUCCUUGUUGGAAGAUGGGUCAGGGUUGAAUGGGGGGGUUAAAUUUAAAUCAAACUUCCAUAAGUCUUUUGACUACGUUGGAAAGUUUCUUCGAUACCGUGCCAUUGCCAAUGGUUUCUAUUUCUUGGUUGAUAAUUCUAAGUUCAGAGACUCAAUUAAAUCCAUACACCACUUUGCCGAUUACUAUGUGAAGAAAGCAUUGGAAAUGCCGCCUGAAGAACUUGAAAAGGCCACUAAAAAUAAGUUCAAUUUAUUAUUUGAAUUGGUAAAAGAAACAAGAGACCCCAAAGUUCUUCGCGAUCUGACUUUGAAUAUUUUGUUAGCCGGUAGAAGUACAACUGCUGCAUUGAUAUCUUUUUGUCUUUAUCAACUAGCUCGCAAUCCUGAUAUCUGGUUGAAACUAAGAACAGAAAUCAAAAAUAGUUUUGGUUCAGAUGAAGAAGGUGACUCGAGAAUUCAGGAUAUUACAUUUGAAAGCUUAAAAAAAUGUGAAUACUUACGCGCUGUUAUAAAUGAAACUUUGCGGUUGCACCCUUCAGCACCUAAUAAUUAUCGGAUGGCAACUAGAGAUACCACUUUACCAAGAGGUGGAGGCAAAGAUGAACAGUCACCUUUACUUGUUCGGAAGGGUGAAAUUGUACUCUACUCGGCCAUUGCGAUGCAUAAUAAUUCAAAGAUAUACGGUGAGAGUUUCCGUGAAUUUAAGCCCGACCGUUGGUUCACCAAUGAUGCAAAACAUUGGGGUUGGAGUUACUUGCCAUUCAAUGGAGGUCCUCGUGUCUGUUUAGGUCAACAAUUUGCACUAACGGAAGCUAGCUAUGUGAUUGCAAGGAUUUGUAUGAUGUUUUCCCAAAUCGAAUCAUUUGAAAGCAGAUACCCUCCACUUACAGAAUUGUAUUUGGUUAUGUUUAUUAAAAAUCACAAUAAUAUUGUUUUGAGGAUCUAG